AUGGUGCAGGGGGUCGGGAGGGCCGAGUCGUGCGUCUCUCGAGAAUCUGUGUCUGCGCCAUUCUUGCUGUCGCUGGCGACUGUUUCUGGGCAGCAGUACACGAUGGGCGGCGGCCUCGUCUGCCGCGCUUUGAGCCUCGUCUCGCUCUUCGUCUACUCGAGCCUCGUCUCGUGUGCCGCCUCUUGGGCGGCGAGGCGGGCUGCUGUCUCUGCCGCCGCCUCGAGUGAGCCUCGUCUCGCUCUUCGUCUACUCGAGCCUCGCCUCGUCUGCCGCCUCGUGGGCGGCGUGGCGGGCGGGCGGCUGUCUCUGCCGCCGCCUCGAGUGAGCCUCGUCUCGCUCUUCGUCUACUCGAGCCUCGUCUCGUGUGCCGCCUCUUGGGCGGCGUGGCGUGGCGGACGGCUGUCUCUGCCGCCGCCUCGAGUGAGCCUCGUCUCGCUCUUCGUCUACUCGAGCCUCGUCUCGUGUGCCGCCUCGUGGGCGGCGUGGCGUGGCGGGCGGCUGUCUCUGCCGCCGCCUCGAGUGAGCCUCGUCGCGCUCUUCGUCUACUCGAGCCUCGUCUCGUGUGCCGCCUCGUGGGCGGCGUGGCGUGGCGGGCGGCUGUCUCUGCCGCCGCCUCGAGUGAGCCUCGUCUCGCUCUUUGUCUGCUCGAGCCUCGUCUCGUGGGCCGCCUCGUGGGCGGCGUGGCGUGGCGGGCGGCUGUCUCUGCCGCCGCCUCGAGUGAGCCUCGUCUCGCUCUUUGUCUACUCGAGCCUCGUCUCGUGUGCCGCCUCGUGGGCGGCGUGGCGUGGCGGGCGGCUGUCUCUGCUGCCGCCUUGA